AUGGGUGGAUCCAAAUCAUCUGACAAGAUAUUUGGAGGUAAGGUCAUUGUUUUUGGGGGCGACUUCCGGCAGAUUCUACCAGUUAUACCUAGAGGAAGCCGUUCAGAUAUAAUUCAUGUGACAAUUAAUUCAUCGUACAUAUGGGAUUAUUGUGUUUUUUUGAAGCUUACAAAGAAUAUGCGACUUCAACAGUCUGGGAACAACACAAGUUCUUCUGAGCUGGAACAAUUUUCGAACUGGAUAUUGAAACUCGAGGAUGGAAAAUUAGUGGAACCUAAUGAUGGUUAUGCAGAGAUUUAUAUUCCUCCCAAACUGUUGAUAUCAGAUUUUGCUAAUCCACUUGAAGUAAUUUUUCAUAAUACAUAUCCAAAUUGUGUUGUCAAUUACAACAAUGAGACAUUCUUGCAAUCAAGAGCAAUAUUGGUUGGAACUAUUGAGACAGUUGAUCAAAUAAACCAGUAUGUAUUAGAACUUCUUCCAGAAUAUUUAUCAUCUGAUUGCGUUGAUACAAGUGAUGGUGACAGCAAUGAAUCUUUCAAUGUAUUAACUCUUGAGUUUUUAAAUACACUCAGAUGUCCAGGUCUUCCCAAUCAUAAGAUUACAUUGAAGAUUGGUACUCCGAUCAUGCUUCUUUGA